AUGGUCAAGGAAACGGCAUAUUACGAUGCACUCCAGGUGCCGCCCACGGCGACCGAACUCGAGAUCAAGAAGGCAUACCGCAAGCUGGCCAUCAAGCUGCACCCCGACAAGAACCCCGGCGACGAGACAGCGCACGAGAAGUUCCAGGCUAUCGGCGAGGCCUAUCAAGUCCUCAGUGAUGAGACGCUGCGCAAGAACUACGACCAGUAUGGUAAGGAGGGUGCUAUACCGAGCAGUGGGUUCGAGGACCCCGCCGAGUUCUUCACCAUGAUCUUCGGGGGUGAGGCUUUCAUGGACUGGAUCGGUGAGAUCUCGCUUAUGAAGGAUUUGACCAAGACCAUGGAGAUCUCCAUGCGAGAAAUGGAAGAACAGGAAGCAGCUCAAGCCGAGGCUGCAGCUGCAGCCUCUACGGCUGAGGAUUCCGCUGCUGGCGCCCCGACAGCUGCAGGACCAUCGACUACUGACAAGACGACCGAACCCUCAGGCGCUGCUGAAGCCAAGGCGACCGAGGCUGCCGCUGAAGCUGCAAAUGCCCCCGGAGGAGGUGCUGCCCCUCCCUCAUACGAUGCUCCUCCGCCAGCCUACGUAGAGACACACGCUGAGCCCGCCGCGGCUUCUUCCGGGCCGGCGCAGCCCGUACCUUCUGGAUCUAGCUCGCCACAGUCUGGUCGAGGGAUCCCGAUUCGAGCCGCCAUAAUGGAUAAGUCAGAAGAGGAUGCACGGCUGGAAGCGGCGGGUGUUACAGACGCCGAGAAAGAAUUAAGAGAGAAGCAGAAGAAGAAGGGCGGCCUGACCAAGGAACAGCGCGAAGAAUUGGCAGCGUACGAGCUAGAGCGAAAGCGCAUCCGGGAUGAGCGUGUCCAGACUCUGGCUAAAAAAUUGGUCGACCGCAUUUCUAUAUGGACAGAGACAGACAAAGGUGCUGAUGUGACUGCGGCCUUUAAGGAGAAAACCCAGCUCGAGAUUGAAAACCUUAAGAUGGAGUCCUUCGGCCUCGAAAUCCUUCACUCCAUUGGUGCAACUUACCUGUCCAAAGCAACGUCUUUCAUUAAGUCGCAGAAGUUCCUUGGAAUUUCAGGCUUCUUCUCCCGCGUCAAGGAUAAGGGUACCCUGGUCAAGGAGACAUGGAAUACUAUGUCGGCAGCCAUUGACGCCCAGCUCACCAUGGAGGAAAUGGCCAAGCUGGAAGAGAAGGGCGGCGAAGACUGGACGGACGAGAAGAAGGCCGAGUACGAGAAGAAAGUCACAGGCAAGAUUCUUGCAGCUGCUUGGCGAGGAAGCAAGUUCGAGAUUCAGAGCGUGCUGCGCGAUGUUUGCGAUCAGGUGCUUAACGAUAAGAAAAUUAAGCUGGAGAAGCGCGUCGAGCGAGCACAUGCUCUUGUCAUUAUUGGUGAGAUGUUCUCCAAGGCUGAGCGUGAUCCAGAAGAAGAAGGCGAUUUCAUGGCCUUCGAGCAACUCAUGGCUGAAGCCGCGGCGAAGAAGGAUACCAAGACAGACAAGGAGAAAAAAAAGCACAAGCAUCAUUCGCAUCACCAUGAAAAGGAGAAGGCAUGA